UGUCUGAACUGUGGAGCCAGAGCUUCUCCAGGACACCCCUUUUUCUUGGGGAAAGGAUUCCACCCUACAGGUCCUCCCCAGCAGAAGACUGGUCCUUCCUCAUCCACUGGCCCUCGUGGGGCGGGGAGUGCCUCCACCGACAUCCCCACCUGCCUGCCUCCAGGGCCUCUGGCCGCACAGCCACCAAGCUAAAAUGACGGUCAAGUUGGAUUUUGAAGAGUGUCUCAAGGACUCACCCCGCUUCCGAGCCUCUAUUGAGUUGGUGGAAGCUGAAGUGUCAGAAUUGGAGACUCGUCUGGAAAAGCUCCUCAAGCUGGGAACCGGACUCCUGGAAAGUGGACGCCAUUACCUCGCAGCCAGCCGUGCAUUCAUUGCUGGCAUUUAUGAUCUGGCUCACCUGGGUCCACCAGAGCCCAUGAUGGCGGAGUGUCUGGACAAAUUCACCAUAAGCCUGAACCACAAGCUGGACAGCCACUUGGAACUUCUUGAUGCCACCCAGCACACACUGCAGCAGCAGAUCCAGACCCUGGUCAAGGAAGGUCUUCGAGGUUUCCGAGAGGCUCGCCGGGAUUUCUGGCGAGGGGCUGAGAGCCUGGAGGCUGCUCUUAGCCACAACGCAGAAGUCCCUAGGCGCCGUACACAAGAGGCAGAGGAGGCUGGAGCUGCUCUGAGGACCGCUCGAGCCGGGUACCGAGGCCGGGCAUUGGAUUAUGCCCUGCAGAUUAAUGUGAUAGAAGACAAGAGGAAAUUUGACAUCAUGGAAUUUGUACUGCGUCUGGUAGAGGCCCAGGCUGUCUAUUUCCAACAGGGCCAUGAGGAGCUGAGCCAACUGGCCCAGUAUCGCAAGGAGCUGGGUGCCCAGUUGCACCAGCUGGUCUUGAAUUCAGCGCGAGAGAAGAGGGACAUGGAGCAGAGACACGUGCUGCUGAAACAGAAGGAGCUGGGUGGGGAGGAGCCUGAGCCAAGCCUGAAGGCAGGACCUAAUGGCCUGGUCAUGGAAGGACAUCUCUUCAAACGAGCCAGCAAUGCAUUUAAGACUUGGAGCAGGCGCUGGUUCACCAUUCAGAGCAACCAACUGGUUUACCAGAAGAGGUACAAGGACCCUGUGACCGUGGUGGUGGAUGACCUUCGCCUCUGCACAGUGAAGCUCUGCCCCGACUCAGAAAGGCGGUUCUGCUUUGAGGUGGUGUCCACCAGCAAGUCCUGUCUGCUCCAGGCUGACUCUGAGCGCCUCCUGCAGCUGUGGGUCAGCGCUGUGCAGAGCAGCAUCGCCUCGGCCUUCAGCCAGGCUCCCCUUGAUGACAGCCCCAGAGGCCCAGGCCAGAGCUCAGGACAUCUGACCCUGGGCUCUGCUUCUGCCCCAGGCAGUGGCGGGACAGCCAGGGGGAAGGAACCUAGGACAGUCGGGCAUGUGGCAGCCCAGGUGCAGAGCGUAGAUGGCAAUGCCCAGUGCUGCGACUGCCGGGAGCCAGCCCCAGAGUGGGCCAGCAUCAACCUUGGUGUCACCCUCUGCAUUGAGUGCUCCGGCAUCCACAGGAGCCUGGGUGUUCAUUUCUCCAAAGUCCGGUCCCUGACCCUUGACUCUUGGGAGCCGGAACUAGUGAAGCUUAUGUGUGAGCUGGGAAAUGUCAUCAUCAACCAGAUCUACGAGGCCCGUGUGGAGGCCAUGGCAGUGAAGAAACCAGGGCCCAGCUGCUCCCGGCAGGAAAAGGAGGCAUGGAUUCAUGCCAAAUAUGUGGAGAAGAAGUUUCUGACCAAGCUUCCUGAGAUUCAAGGGCGAAGAGGUGGCAGGGGGGCCCCAAGGGGGCACCCCCCUGUUCCCCCAAAGCCUUCCAUCAAGCCCCGGCCAGGGAGCAUCAGACCUAAGCCAGAGCCCCCUUCUGAGGACCUGGGAAGUCUGCACCCUGGGGCCCUACUGUUCCGAGCCGCUGGGCAUCCUCCAUCCCUUCCCACCAUGGCCGAUGCCCUUGCCCAUGGAGCUGAUGUCAACUGGGUCAACGCGGGUCAGGAGAAUGCCACGCCGCUGAUCCAGGCCACAGCUGCUAAUUCCCUUCUGGCUUGUGAGUUCCUUCUCCAGAACGGCGCGAAUGUGAACCAAGCAGACAGUCAGGGCCGGGGUCCACUCCACCAUGCAACCAUUCUCGGCCACACUGGGCUCGCCUGCCUGUUCCUGAAACGGGGGGCUGAUUUGGGGGCCCAAGACUCUGAAGGCAGAGACCCUCUGACUAUCGCCAUGGAAACAGCCAACGCUGACAUCGUCACCCUGCUGCGAUUGGCAAAGAUGAGGGAGGCCGAAGCUGCCCAGGGUCAGGCAGGAGAUGAGACCUAUCUGGACAUCUUCCGCGACUUCUCCCUCAUGGCGUCCGACGACCCGGAGAAGCUGAGCCGGCGAAGCCACGACCUCUACACGCUCUGACCCGUCCUUCCCCCCCACCUUCGCCAUUAAAGCCUCGGUGCCGCCUUUC